AUGAGAUCAAUAGGAUACGCAUUUCGAGUUUCUGCAAACACUGUUUCGCAAAUAAUUCAUGAAACUUGUAAUGAAAUCUGGCUGAAAUUAAAGGAUUUAGUUAUGCCAAUACCAAACAAGGAUGCGUGGACAAAGAUUGCAAAAGAUUUUGAAGCAAUGUGGAAUUUCCCUUACUGCAUUGGAGCAAUAGAUGGGAAACACAUUUUAAUAGAGGCUCCCCAUUACAGUGGCUUAUUCUAUUAUAAUUACAAGAAAGCCCAUAGCUUCAAUCUUACUGGCAUUUCAGAUGCGCACUAUCGGUUUAUUUUGGUAGACGUAGGAGCAGAGGGUUGCCGUAGCGAUGCUGGAGUUUUUGCUAAUAGCAAAAUAAAAUCGAGGCUAGAUGCAAACUCUUUAAAUGUGCCUUCACCUUCUGUAAUUGAUCAAUAUGAGUUGCCAUUUGUUUUAGUAGCCGAUGAGGCAUACCUGCUAUCAUCAUACUUGAUGCGACCUUAUCCAAAAAGUUCACAGCUAGAUUUGAAAAAAAAAAUUUUUAAUUAUCGUCUCAGCAGGCCCAGACGAGUUAUUAAAAGUGCUUUUGGCAUACUUGUAUCGAGAUGGCGAAUUUUUCGAAGGCUAAUUAAUACUUAUGUCUCAAAAGCCGAAAAGAUGGUGUUGGCCACGGUCUGCUUACACAAUUUCAUCAUCACUAAGGAACUUAAAAAGCGUCCUCAAGAAAGACUUACAAUAUAA